AGAAAGGGGCGGGCUCGGGGGCGCAGCAGGGUGCGUUUCGCAGGCCGGAGCGGCGGGCUGCUGUGACGACGAUGAGGGAGGGGGGUGCGGGCCGGGCCGCUGCGCCGGGCGCCGCGGGGGCGUGAGGCAGCGCCGGGAAGUCCCGCGGGAGGGCCGGGCCGAGCCGGGAGCCGGGCCGGCGAUGCGGAGGCUUUCUGCUCUGGAUUUGGUUCUUUUCAAAAUGAAUACUGAAUCAUUAAACAAAGAUUGGACCCUCCAGUAGAAUUUUUUAAAAUUCAGUGCAAAUAGGUCAACAGCUCCUUUUCUGCUCCUUCUUCUUGGAAGCAUCUACGCAACUUUUAAAGUUUUGAUCACAAUGAAUUCGGGUUUAUGGAGUCAAGAAAAAGCAAGUUCAUCCUAUUGGGAAGAGCGGAUCUUUUACUUGCUUCUCCAAGAAUGCAGUGUCAUAGACAAGCAGACUCAAAAGCUCUUGAAAGUGCCGAAAGGUAGCAUAGGGCAGUUUUUUCAAGACCGUUCUUCUGUAGGGCACUCCAGAAAUAUUCCUUGUAAAGGCAAGAAAUUACAGAUUGGAUUAAAGAUUCUGGAACAACCUCAUGCAAUCCUGUUUGUGGAUGAGAAGGAUGUUAUAGAAAUAAAUGAAAAAUUAGCUGAGUUGCUUUUGGCCAUUACUAACUGUGAGGAAAGAUACAGCCUGUUUAAAAGCAAAAACAGAUUAACUAAAGGUGUCCAAAUAGAUAUUGGCUCAACUGUUAGAGUACAGCUGAGAUCAGGAGAUGAUAAAUUUCCUGGAGUUGUUCGCUUCAGAGGACCCUUGUUGCAAGAAAGGUCCCUAACAGGGAUAUACUUUGGAGUAGAGCUGCUGGAAGAAGGUCGUGGCCAAGGCUUUACUGAUGGACAGUACCAAGGCAAGCAGCUUUUCAGAUGUGAUGAGGAUUGUGGGGUUUUUGUUGCUUUGGACAAACUGGAGCUGGUGGAAGAUGAUGACAAUGAACUGGAAAGUGAUUAUGCAGCUCCAGUUGACGCAAUGCAGGUAGAACUUCCUCCUCUGGAGAUCAACUCCAGGGUUUCUCUGAAGAUAGGAGAGAGUAUAGAGUAUGGGACAGUUAUAUUCUGUGAUGUCUUACCAGGAAACGAAAGUUUAGGAUACGUUGUUGGAGUGGACAUGGAUAAUCCUAUUGGAAACUGGGAUGGAAGAUAUAAUGGAAUACAGCUGUGCAGUUUUGCAAGUGUUGAAAGUACACUCCUUUUGCAUAUUAAUGAUGUUAUACCAGAAACUGUGUCGCAGGACAGGAGACCUCCCAAGCUUGCCUAUACCUCAAGAGGUGGUGGUGACAAAAGCUUGUUCAAUCAUAGUAAACCAAAAGGUACAGGCUCUACCUCUGAACCUGGGAAUAGAAACAGAUCUGAAGUCUUCUACACAUUAAAUGGCUCAUCAGUUGAUUCUCAACCUCAAAUGAAAACAAAACCUCCAUGGUAUAUUGAUGAAGUUGCUGAAGACCCUGUAAAAUCACUCACUGAUUCUUCUCCGGGAUUUGGGCAUUCCUCACCACCUCUGCAGCCACCUUUAACCAGCUCUGUCUCUACAGAAAACAGAUUUCACUCCCUCCCUUUUAGCUUGACAAAAGCCUCGAGUACUAAUGGUACUAUUGGACACAGUCCUCUCUCUUUAUCUGUUCAAUCAGUCAUUGGUGAUGUAAAUACUACAGCUAACCAGGAGAGUCCAUCAGCAGCAGGUCCUAUCAGUAACUCGCAUGGUCUUGAAGCGGGUUCCCUGGCUGAGGUUAAAGAAAAUCCUCCUUUCUAUGGAGUAAUCCGCUGGAUUGGCCAGCCCCCUGGAGUAAACGAAGUAUUAGCUGGACUGGAACUGGAAGAUGAAUGUGCAGGUUGUACAGAUGGAACAUUUAAAGGAACUCGAUACUUCACUUGUGCUCCAAAGAAAGCCCUUUUUGUUAAACUCAAAAGCUGCAGGCCAGAUUCCAGGUUUGCCUCACUGCAGCCAGUUUCCAACCAGAUUGAACGCUGCAACUCUCUAGCCUUUGGAGGAUACUUAAGUGAAGUGGUAGAAGAAAACACUCCUCCAAAAAUGGAAAAAGAAGGUUUAGAGACAAUGAUUGGAAAGAAGAAGGGUAUCCAGGGUCAUUACAACUCCUGUUACUUAGACUCCACCUUAUUCUGCCUGUUUUCUUUUAGCUCUGUUCUAGACACAGUGUUACUCAGACCCAAAGAAAAGAAUGAUGUAGAGUAUUAUAGUGAGACUCAAGAGCUGCUGCGGACGGAGAUUGUGAAUCCUCUUAGAAUAUAUGGAUAUGUCUGUGCUACAAAAAUAAUGAAACUGAGGAAAAUACUUGAAAAAGUUGAGGCUGCAUCAGGAUUCACUUCAGAAGAAAAAGAUCCAGAGGAAUUUUUGAAUAUUUUAUUUCACCAUAUUCUAAGAGUUGAGCCCCUGUUGAAAAUAAGAUCAGCAGGUCAGAAAGUACAAGACUGUUACUUCUAUCAAAUUUUCAUGGACAAAAAUGAAAAAGUUGGAGUCCCAACGAUUCAGCAGUUACUGGAAUGGUCUUUCAUUAACAGCAACUUGAAGUUUGCAGAGGCACCUUCUUGCCUGAUUAUUCAGAUGCCUCGAUUUGGAAAAGACUUCAAAAUGUUCAACAAAAUUUUUCCCUCUCUGGAAUUAAAUAUAACAGAUUUACUUGAAGAUACUCCCAGGCAGUGCCGUAUAUGCGGAGGGCUUGCUAUGUAUGAAUGCAGAGAAUGUUAUGAAGAUACUGAGAUUUCUGCUGGGAAAAUCAAGCAGUUCUGCAAAACCUGCAACACCCAAGUUCAUCUUCAUCCCAAGAGACAGAGUCAUAAAUUCAAUCCAUUGUCACUUCCUAAAGAUCUGCCAGACUGGGAUUGGCGACAUGGUUGCAUCCCAUACCAGAAGAUGGAGUUGUUCGCUGUUCUCUGCAUAGAAACAAGCCACUAUGUUGCUUUUGUUAAAUAUGGGAGGGAUGACUCCGCCUGGCUUUUCUUUGACAGCAUGGCAGAUCGGGAUGGAGGUCAGAAUGGUUUUAACAUUCCACAAGUUACCCCAUGUCCAGAAGUUGUUGAAUACCUGAAGAUGUCUCUAGAAGAACUGCAUUCACUGGAUUCCAGGAAAAUUCAAGGCUGUGCACGAAGACUGCUUUGUGAUGCUUAUAUGUGCAUGUAUCAGAGUCCAACCAUGAGUUUAUACAAAUGAACAAUGUUCUCUGGAAAACUGAAGAAACAGUGCAGAGACUUCUGCUGUUGCAUUUGCUGCACUCCUUGGUUAGUUGUAAUGCAGCCGUUGCUGGCAAUGGAUGCGACGACAAGAAAGAAGCUGACUCUGAGAAAAAAGGAUUAAUGUUCCAAAAACUACACGUGGAGUUCUGUCAUUGAAGUAUUUAAGCAUUUUGCACUCUAGGAAGUGUGCUUGUGUGUGUUUGUUUUAUAAACAAAGUCUAAAUGAAGUUACUAAAACUUAAAGCUUUAAGUUAAGUGCAUUGAUUAUAUACAGACUUUUUUUGAAAAUUAGAAGCGGAAUUGUAUCAGGAGAAACCUCCUUUGUCCUUUGAGAAUGUAAAGAUACCGUGUUCUCACUCAGUUUAUUUCUGUGGACCAAGGAUGAUGAAUCUCUUCUGGUCCCCCCCAACACCUGUGCCCUGCCACCACCAUCCCUUCCUCCAUCCUUUUAACACCAUAGAUUAACUGCCUUCAAGAGAGAAUAAUUUCUGCUUUAAUAGAACACAUUUUAAAUUGUUCAUUGCAUAUUAGUUCUGUUAGCAGUCUACUCCUACAUUAUUUUCAGUUCACACAUUCACAUUUUUAAAAACUAAUAUCCAUUUAAAGAUAUAAUUCCUUUCUUGUGAAAAUCAAGCACACAGAUUUGAUAUCUGUUAAGUUAGGAUUUUUGGAGGGGAGAGAGGAGAAGAGGGUAUUGAGGGGAAGCAUAAUUGCUGAAACAGAAAUGCAAGUUAACAGAUGUCUUUUUCUAAUUGUCUAUUUUUAAAGAAACAAAGCAGACUGGAACAGAACAGCAAAUAGGUACAAAUGAUUGGAGAACAAAACAACAAAAUAUAGAUUGCCUCAGGGAAUGUUACUGAAGUGGACUGUAGUCCUUAGUAAAACAAAGUUGACUUUUUUACAGUAUGUUAAGCUACUGGGAAGAAAAAAUACACAGAUAUUACAUAUUUCCCUCAUUUGGGGGAUUACUAAUGAAUAUUCAAAACCUUUGCCUGGAACAAUGAAACCAGAAAUGAAAGUAGUUAGAGCUUUACUGGAUACCAAGUAGCUAAUGAAAACUCACCAGAAAAGCUACAAAAACUGUAUCAAUGUAAAAUAUUAUACUUGGAAGUCUAUUGGUUCCAGUUUGCAAUGAAAUGCUGUUUUAGUUGCUUUUUAACUACUUCUGUCUACACUGAUUAGCAAACAUGCAACACACAUAUAUAUAUAUGUGCAGACAGUAAAAUCUGGUUGUACAAAUAACAUUGCAUAUAUGAGCUGUACAUUUUCGACUCUAAGAUGUUUUGUGUUGAAAACUUCCUCUUUGGGAUCAAGUCUGUAGAAGGAAAGGUCAUAAAAUGUAACACAGGAAAACCCACUUUGAUCUGCUGUUUUAAAGACAAUGGAGACUGAUUCCGCAUUGUAGAAAAUGCGGUUACUUUGUGGUUCUUGAGAAACCUAAAAUACUUCUUUGGGACAUGCUUUACCCUAGGGCAGCGUAGAGCAAGAUUUGAAAAUUACACUUGAAGGACUAAACCUGUGAGCUGUAAGACAGCAAAGCUGUACUGAGAGAACUAGUCUCUUGCAUUGGCUGCUGGAUGAAGUGUGCUCUUAAUUUUUCACUCUCAAGAGCCAGGAAGCUUUCUAAAGUAAGUAUUGCUGUUGCUUUGCCUCUAACAGUCUCUUGGCUUCCAUGGUCACUUUCCUCAUUUAUAUAGUCCGUGCUCCUCAGUAAAGCUGAAUCUUUAGUUUCACUAUCACUUAGAGCUCCUGACUCCUCUUGAAAAAUUUCAGAAAGGCUUUAGGUGAUGGAUUCUGUAAAUGUUUGUGUCAGUGGAAGAGGUUAUUGUCCAUUGGCUCCUCCUUGGCUACGUACCAUCCUGCUCUGGGACAGAAGCUGCUGAUGCUCAGGUCUGUUGACAGAGAUGCCAUGGAAGCAUCUCCUAGGGAAAAUUAACCAAAAAAGACUAAUCUGUAAAGGGUGCAUCUUGUCUAGGCCAGUUUGUGGGCUAGAGAACAUCUGUGUAACCUGAGCAGAUGGUGUGGUAACUCAUCCUAUUGAUGGGUUGAGGAUGAUGAUACUGAAGAGGAAGUCUGGCCACAGUUUCCAGGUAUCGUAAGUGAACUUUUUAAAUAAAGCAAACAGGCAAAAGGGGCCUUGCAAAAAAGGCAAGAAUAAUUCAAAUAUGAAAUAAACUUCUAACUCAUUACCUACAAGGUUGCCUUGUUCAAUACCUUAAUCCCUCUAGCCCCAUCAUGACUCUCCACUAUACAGUGGUUGAAAGUAGUGUCCUCUUACGAACAGGAAGCAAGCAUAAAGGAUUUAGAAAAUGAACAAGCACAAAGCUGUGUAAAAACAAGACCAACUUUGAAUAUCUGGAAUUUUUCUUUCUUCCCUCUAGAUUUGUGUAAUUUUCCUCUAUGCGUUAACUUUUGUAUGGGCUGGCUUCAGCUCUUGUACCCUCUCCUCCCCACAGUUUCACAGGCGUCACCUUAAGUUAUAGGUGUACUUGCCUCUUCUUGCCAGUUCUCAGUUCAGAGGUGCAGUCUUUGAGCUGCUAUGACCAGAGGGGGAGAGUUGGGCUUGGCAACCAUUUUAAAGUUUUCUAGAUGAAUAAUCCUGUAGUAAAAUAUAAUCCACCCUUUUUCACAACUGCAAAUAUUUGAUGACUCCAGUUUUUCAGAAUGCAUAUUCUAUUAGUAGAAGUGAAUUACAAUGCAGAGGUGUAAAUGGACUUUUUGGCUCCUGGCCUCUAAGCUUUUGGCCUUUGAUUGAAAAUGGAAAAGAAGAUAUUUGAACUCUUGCUGUGGUAUACAUACAGAACUUACACACAGAAAAAACUGAGGGAGUUUAAAUGUAGUAUUGCAUACGCUUUUUGGUGACUAAUACUGUGUUUUGAAAUGCAGGCAGUCCUGCAUUUUGUAUUACUUUAUAUUAUUGCAAAACAGUACAUAGUUUUGCAAACAGUAUAUGGUUAUAUGAUUAGUUUAUUAUUAAGAAGGCAGAGAUGUCUUCUAUAGGGUAAAAAAUGUUGGUUUUGACAAAGAAUCUUUUUUUCCUUUUAAUCCAAAAAGCUUCUAAGUAUUGCUUUAUGGUGUGCUUCUGUAUCAGACCAGAGAUUGACAGUGUAUGCAAAAUGCUAUGGAAACUAACCCUAAUUCUGGUUUCCUUUCUUGGAAGGGGUUAUACAGGCAGAAAACUAUUUCACUGUGACAGGAAACCUGUAAAAUAAGUUGUAUACAAGAGUAAUAUUAACUCUUCAGGCUUCAGAAUAUAUUGUAGGGGAAUUGAAAAAGUUAUUUUUGAAGAAACAGCCUGCAUUUUAAAGCAUCCACUGCUCUUAAAUGUAAUGCCCAAAGAUUCCCAUGACCAAGCACCCAACUUCUAUGUUUAGUCUAUCUGGGAACCUUCCUCCUCUGUUUUGUUUUGUUUUUUUUUAAUGGUAGAUGUAACCAUAAAUUAAUAGCAUUUAGAGUAUUACUUCAUUGUUCAGCUCUUCAACAUUGCUAACAAUGGCCUUAACCUAUGAGUAGGGAAACAAAGUUCCUGACAGCCUGCAGAAAUGUAAAGUACCUUUUGAUAAUCAGGAAGAAAAACUGCACCCCUAUACUUAACUCUCAGCCCCCACUCCACUGAUCAACUGUAGAAAUAGAGGGCCAAAGUCAAUGGAAAACUGAACAAAUCACUGCAGUACUUAUUUUGAACCUAGGGGAUAAAGAGAAAGGGUAUUAAUUAGAGGAGCUGCCUUGCACAUUGUUCAGAACGGUGUAGGCUAUGUCGAGAGUGCUGCCAUCCUCUGGUGUGGGAGAUGACUGGAGGAAAAAAUCCCUACGUUCAGUUAAGGUCUUUCUAAUAUAUCUGAGACACUGAUUCUGUGCGCUUAAAAGCAUAGUACUGUGUUUUACUAAAUAGGCUGAGAGAUUUCCAAUUUAAGCAAGUACUGUCUGUAACAGGAAUUACUCAUAAUCGUAACUGUUUGGUUUAUUUCAAUGCACUUAUUUUUUUUGUGCACUUUAUACUCUGCUGAUUAGAUGAACUUGGUAACCAUGUCCCUAAUGAUAGCCUGUUUAAUACAAUGUUAAGGCACAACAUGCUGCAGAUAAGAACUUCAUGGUUUCAGAACUGAGCUGGUGUUAAAAGGCAGCCUUGAAGGUGGAGUGUAUUUUUACCAUUGUAACAAAGCAUGUUUUGCUGUGCUCUUGAUAUUUUGCUAAAUAAACAUCCCAUGUUUUGUGCACCAGUAGUUUCUUAAACUUAAAGAUGCUAUCUCAAAGAAUUGGUUAGGGAAACAAUUGUAUCAGGUUGCCCUGGACUAGCCUUAAUUUUUUUCUUUUCUUUUCAAUAAUGUUAGAGAAAUGAGCUGCUGCUGGAAAGGAAUGUACUGUGUGCUCUCUCUAUUAAUAUUAAUUAAACUUAUCAUUCUUAUGGA